AUGGCGCGGCUCUCAUUCCCGCGCCUCAUGGCUGCCUACUGCUGCCUCUGUCUCUGCUACUUUACAUCCAGCCUGGACAUGAACGCCGUAGCGACUGCCCCACCCAAUAUCGGCAAUGCCCUGAAGGCCGGUCUGACCCCUGUACGGGCGCCUCUCGGACAUUGCCGGCCGCAAGCCAGUGCUCCUCACCUCUACUUAUCGCGCACUUUGAACGGUAUCGGUGGCGGCGGUAUCAGCUCGCUCGUGGGAAUCAUCAUCGGCGACCUCGUCAGCUUGAAGGAACACGGCAAGUACCAAGGCUUGAUUAGCUUCGCGUCUGUGGCUGGGAAUUGGAAGGAAAAGGUGAAGAAGAUUGAUUGGCCUGGCGUCGAAGCUUCCGUCACGAGUAUUGUGCUGUUACUGAUACAGCAUCGUUCUGCGAUGCGGUUUCGUCCUGUGGACACUCGGCACGGCUUUGAGAAUCAUGUUUUCUCUCGACACAUCGACGAUGGUAUACGCCAUGUUCUCGCCAUUGAAGGUGCCGGCGUAGGGCUUGUCUAUCAACCCAGCCUCGCCGUUCUUCAAGCUCUCUCAAGAACAGAGGACCGCUCUGUCGCAACGUCAACACGGAGCUUGCUGCGUUCCCUUGGAGGUGUCGCUGGUGUUGCUGUUCCCACGGCCGUGCUUGACGCUGUGACUGCCGCCGCGCUCAAGGGCAAAGUCCCUUCGCAGAUCCUGGCCGGUGUCUUCGAUGGAAGCUGGCGGAUUGGCGAUAUUGGCUCGCCGGAGAUCGUGGCGGAGGUCUUGGCGGUUAGGAUGCACGGAUUCCGGGUGGUCUUCAUGAUCUUUGCGCCGCUUAUGGCUGUAUGCCUGCUUGCGAGCUCCUUCGCAGCCGAUAUUAAGCUUCAUGGCGAUGGUGAUAAGAACGAAGAGAAGAGCCACGCCCUAUCCCUGCGCAAGCGCCUCGGCAGCGAGGAAAACGCCCACCACUGGACCUACAUGUUCAGCCACGGCUUCUCUAGCCUCGAAGAAUGCAAGGCGAGCAUCCGGGAAUCGAGCGAGGCCAAGGACGCCCAUUUCUUCGUCGCGAUGACGGGGCCCGCGUCGGACUCCGUAGCGGAACCAGCGGCCCUGUUUUCCUACCUUAACUCCAUUGUGGCCUUGUGCCUCCAUGGGAGGAAGGAUAAAGUGGCAGAAGAGGUGGACCGACUUGAGGUUGACGCUGCUCUGGAUAGCCCAGACAGCUUCGCUCAUCGCAGCGGAGCCACAGGGCCCAGAGUGACCGACAUUACUAUAAAACAAAGUUACCCUUUUUCUUCCCGUUGA